UUUUUUGAAAAAUUCCAACAGAUAGAUAUUCGGAUACGGAAAUUUCACAACAACAAAAAAUACAAUGUGGAGAACGCAGUGGACGAAAAAUUUCUUUGUGAGUCUCAUCGCGACGAUCGCUUCGGCAGCGUUGACAAUAAGCAGUGCAAUUUAUUCCACAACUCGCCAAAGUAUAAACCCUUGCGACUUCCUCAACACCUCCAGCAUAAAACCCUGUGUUUGCGGACAGGCCAUUUUGGAUUGCAGCCGCGUCACGAGUGAAGAACAACUUUUGGCUAUUCCUGGGCUUCACUCGGAACCCGGGUUAGGAUUCGACACCAUCACCAUCACCGACAACGGGUUUCUCGCGUCCCUGCCCCGAGGCGCAUUCGGGUCGCAUUAUGCCACGAAAUCCUACGUUUUCGCCCGAAACAACCAGCUCAGGUCGAUCCACGAAGAUGUUUUCUCCGCAGCGUCGGCGACAGUGACGAAAAUUGUGGUGCAUGAAAACGCUCUCACUUCGUUCCCGUUUACAGCAAUUGGCAAUUUUUCGGCUUUGGAAUCGUUCGUCGCUUUCGGGAAUUACAUCAGGACCAUUCCAAGUCACGCCUUCGAUUCAGUGAGCCAGAAUUUGCACACGAUUCUGCUGCAAAACAACAACAUCCAGGACAUUGGGGAAUUCGCGUUUCGCGGACUGCCGCGGCUGAAGGCACUCGUGCUCGAGAGGAACAGCCUGACCCAGCUGGGUCCCGGGUCUCUGCAUCUAUCGACCGAGGUCGCCUCAGUAACUUUGGCGAGUAAUUCAAUUGCCAGGGUUGACCCCCUGGUUUCGGGCGGAGGCAUUUUCCCACCAAGAAUCGUGCUGACGAGGAAUUUGUUGCCGAGUCUGCCUCAGGAACCGUGGGAGCGAAUUCUUGGUGAAUUGCUGGCUUCCGAGGAAGCGACUUACGUCGAGCUUUCCGGAAACCCCCUGGAAUGCAAUUGCGAAGUGAAAUGGCUCUACUCGAGACCAGAAUUCGCAGAACUCAUUCAUUACACCUGUGACGACGGCAAGUGGUUGUGGGACACAGACGAAUCAACUUUCGACAACUGUUGAGUUCUCAGAAGGAAUACUACGACGUCACGCGAUUCAACAUGCGCUGUAUUUUUGUUAAAUGACACUGUAAAACAUUUCCUCCCUGAAAACGAGGAGGAAAAUGGAACAAAUUUUAGGAAUUACGCCGCGAAAUGGCGUGUAUCCGGUUUGGCACCGCAGCAAAAGGAAAAAUACGAGGCGCCACGCGGAAAAAAAAAGCGCGAAAUUGGCUAGAAUUAACGUCUUCCAGGCAGAAUUGUGCCAAAUCGAUCAAGAGAAAAAUAAAUUUUCAAUACGUAAUACAUCCUGAUUUUCGUAACAGAAAGCAUCAGCUCGAGAGAAAAAAAAAU